AUGGCAUCUAAGUUGUCAUCCGCCGAACUGGCAGAAGCUAUGAGGGCGGACCUUGGUAAUAACCGACUUGAAGAAUUGGCUAUAGACGACGCAGCUAGAGGUCGCCGAGGAAUCCCAGAUCGUCGACAGCCGCCGUCUACACAGCCUGCCGGACGACCUUUUACUGGAAUUUCUGAAACCCACGCAGCAAGUUCGGGGGCUGCAAGAUGGUUUGGUGCAAUGGACGGAGGUCUAUUCAACGACGAAGACCAGAAAGGUGUCAUGGGUCUUGAUUCGAUCGAGGACGGAAAUGCUCAUCGACGUAACAAAAUGCCUUCACGUGUCCCAACAUAUGAUCCAGCAAACCCUCUUGGUCCUAGAGGUAACCCUAGCAGAACUUAUCCUUCCGCUGGACAAACAAGUCGAUAUGCUGGGCUGUCAACACCUGAGACCACACCUGGCGUAGGACGUGGUGCAGGACGUGGUAAACCAACACCUGCCCGAGCGGCAACACACCAGCCCCAGACGCCAGUAGGGCGAGGCGGUGGUGCUUUGCCAAAUGCACAUAACCCAUCUACCGUAGCUACUGGAAGUCGACUUGAUUCCACACCACAGGGCACACCACAGGGCACAUCACAGAAGCGCACAGCUGAUCAAACUAGAGUCAGUAGUCCAACGGCGCCUAGAGUACCUUCUGUCGUAGUAUCACUGCACGACGGUGGUGUGGGCGAUACAUCUGGAAAGGGUGCUGUUGGUCCCAACAGCAUCUCGGUGGAAUUACUGGCGGGAAAAAAUCAAAAAGUUGAGAAUGUUGCUGUGGAGAAAGACAACCAGUUGGCCGACAUAAGCUUUACUCCGCCUCACUUACGACACGUAGUGCCUCCUGUGAAGCAGAAGGACGAAGUUGUAUCUUCUGCGCCUCAACAAACGAGCCAAGGCCAAUCUGAUGGUAGCGGUAUGGCUGGAGGCAUACCUCCGCCUUUGGAGCACAGCCGGAUCGUCUAUCGUGAUGACAAUACCGACACUUCAUUAGUGGCUGGAAAGGAGCGGGAAGGCGUACGCAGUACGGUCACUCUUUACGCACAACCCAAAAUCGACACUGUGUUCUGGGAAGUUGCCACUCAGAAUUCGAUACUGAGGGGUGAUAUACGGCGCUGUGUAGGACCCUUAAUGCUCGGAAGCCUCGUGUAUUUGCGACGGAAUAAUGGAAUUACGGCUGAUGUACAGAUCUGUUACAUCACAUUCUCAAGCAUUAUUGCUGCAGAAAAGUUCAAGACAGCGCUGAACUUCUACAGAGACAAGCAUGCAAAUUCCAAGGAAGAACUCUUCAAAGAGAAGUUUGAAAACUUGGAAAAAGUUGAAGAACCCUUAACUGACAAGGCGCCGUCGGUCUUGAUGUCACCCAAGACUGAAAUGAGCGGUCAGACUGCGGUGGAGGAUUUGAUUGUUCUGGAAACAACUAGACCGCCUCAAAGCUCUUCUUCUCAGCCGGAAGACCUUCCCGAACAACGAGAACAUGCUCGACCAUCUCCUAUUCGUCUUACAAGCAGUAGUGUUGGACUAUAUGUCCCUAAACGAUCUUCAGGACAUUCUACUGGUUCCGCAUUGCCAGUCAUCGCAGACAUUGCAAAGCAUGGCAAGGGAGAUACCGUACAGACGAACGGAAAAGGUGGAUGGUACAAUAAAGACUCAAGUUACAAGAUUCUUAACCAUUCUGUGGAAACCAUUGAGAAGAUUCCAGUUGGAAAGUACUUGUCACGAGCGACUCUUCUUGUCCUUACUAAUCUUACCAAUAAGGACUAUGACUCAAUGCACAAGGAAUAUCUGUCCAUGCUCCCUUCGACUUCCACAAUGUCAUCGGAACUGAUAAGCAUGAGACAGAAACGUAGUGCUUUGGAUGUUGCUGCCAAAUGGCUGUGGAUGAAACCCAACUUCACGGACUUGCGCUUCGACGAACAGAAGCAGGCAUAUGCGGUAGUCUACGCAAAUGUUCGACAUGGGAAGAAGAGAGUCGUACGCUCAGUCGACCAGCUGAUCGAGUUACGACCAUCUCUGGCAUCUUGCCCACAAGGAGUAAUCAAGUUCAAUGAAUUCAUUGGAACGAAUGGGCUGAAUAAGAAAUACAACCCUGGUCCAUAUUUGAUCGAUUGGGAUGACAAGUGUGAGGAAAUAAGUGAGGACUUCCUGGCCGAUGAAGGCGAGAUGACGCAGGAUCAAGAACUUCCACUUGCCGAAGCAGAGCAAAAUUGUACGGGAGAGCAGGAGAAGAAGCGAGAGGAAACGAAAAUGAAUGCCCCCGAUAUUAUGAGCAACAGAACGAUUCGUUUCUUGCUAGAGAACCAACACCCUUCUAACAAGUUCUCGGGCCGGGCUUCUCAAGGUGUACCUGCACCAUCGACUUCAAGUUACAGAAUAACCAGCUCACCAGCAUCUACUCAUCGGACUGGUGCGUUGCCAGUACCACGUAUCGGUUCGAGUAGUGCUGUACACCAUCAUCUUCCAUGGGAAAGUGGACUUAACGGGGAAUCAUCGACUUCCCGCGCAAGUCAUCGCGAUUCUCAUACUGCAUCGGAUCACACUAAUGCCGGCCACUAUUAAAACUCCCCGGCAUGAGAUGUGAAACGUCUGAUGGGAAAAAUUUUAAUAAUCCCAUCUUAGAUACUAGGAGAUGGUUCGCACACCAUAAUUUCAUAAAUUCCCCUAUUGCACAACGAAUUCCGAAGCUUGAUUAGGUCCCCUGAAAGCACACCGAAUACUCGACUGAUUUUCGCCUUGAUGAUUCUUAAUCAUGACUGAAGCCUUUGGUCUACUUAGGGCUCGG